GCUGUUCCAUUCUGAACUGAAUCACUAAAUAAUAAACUAGUUCAUUGAAUAACUCCCUGCUCACUCGCCAAAACAUUGCAGGAUCACAGAAUUAUUAUUAUUAUUCAUAUUAUUAUUACUAUUGCUAUUUCCUAACAUUUUGCAAGAGUUAAGGAUUCGCAUUAACCAUCCCCUCGUAUUGCUAUUUUGGAUAACGAUUAUGUCAACACUUGCACUGUUUAUAAUUUUUUAUCGAUAUCCGCCACGGUAAUUGUAUCGAUACCAAAUAUUGUUUUUAUAUAUAGUGCGUAAAUAUACAUAUAUAUGUGUGUUUGUAACAACAAACUGAUAUAUAUAUACAUACUGCAUUAGAUCUCCAAGUGAUCUGUCUAACAUAUAUAUAUAUAUACAUAUAUGCAUAUAUAAACAUAUAUUUCUGCAUUGUAUAUAAACAUGUUGCUCGAACGCGGAUGACAACAACUUUUCCCUGAUUUACAAAAAAAUCGAAUUCUUACGUUUGUUUACUCUUCGAUUACAAGUUGUUUUACUGAGUAUUUUACACGGAUUAUAAUAUUUAUUGACCGCCGGUAGACGGUCAAGAAACUUGCAUAAUAUAAAACAUAUAUACAUACGCACAUACCCACACACACACACACAUAUAUAUAUAUAUAUAUAUAUGUGUAUGUUAGUGUGUGUAUAUGUGCAUAUAUGCUAACGUAUCUAUAAUAUUGUGCAUUUAGUAUACACCUGUUAGCAGUCUUAUACAUCCUGCCUGUCUUGUAUUUUUUCUUACCUGGAACCAACGGAUGAUAACAGCAACAGCACCAACAACAAACAUGGCACAAGUAUCGGAACCUAUAGUUACAACGACAAUCUCAUCUGUUCUUAAUAACAAGACAUGUGCAAAUAACAACAACACCAGCAGUACCAACAGUAACAGUAACAAUACAACUGCCAAGAUUAAUAAUAAUACCAGCAACGCGAACAACGCUAGCACCAACACUAAUAAUACUACCACCAGCACCAACACCAACAAUACAAACAGUGGUAGUAGUGCUACCUCAGCAUUUGACCAUUACAAGGAAACUUUUGAACUUCAAAGAACUUGGCAAGAAGUGGAGAACCUAUUGUACCAGGAUAACACACCUUACGAAACAAGCAUGCUACAUAUUAUGUCGCAGUCGGAUCAAUUGUCCCUCGGUCCAAGCCGGCCGACCCUUAACCAACCACCACAGUCUAGCUUGAACACGUCAGCAAAUAUGCCGACCGUUGGAAACCUACACAUCCUUGCCAUGAAUAAUAGUGGCGUUAACAACAAUAAUAGCAACAACACCACAACCACAGACAGUCUCAACAACAAUGUUAAUAACCCUUCAAACGUCAUGGUCCCUAGCAACAUCAUUACUGGCAGUAAUCUGAGUUCUUUAGCUGUUAUGUCUAACAUGAUGAAGCAACAUUCAUACAGCAGUCAGCUGUCUUAUUUAUUGGGCAACCACCUUGGACAAGAACAGAUGUUGGAUAACUAUGAGCACCUGCUCGAUUUAGACUUCAUUCUGAACAACACCGCCGAAAACCAAAGUUUGUAUCAAGAGGAGCCAACCAUGAAAAUCAAACAGGAGACUUUAGAGCCACUCCCAGACUUCCAUUCAGCUUUUCUAGAUAUCCCUGACAUCAAGUUUGAUACUGAAAGUCAUCAUCAUCAUCAUCAUCACCACCAUCAUCAACAGCAGCAGCAGCAGCAUCAACAUCAUCAUAGCAGCAAUCCGGUUGACAUGAUGACAAUUAAAUCCGAAUAUAAAUCCUCUCCAAUGAAUGUUAUUCCCAAACAGGAAUACGGUAGUAUAUCUUCAUCUUGUGCCACUUACAACGCCACAUUGAAUACUUUGCCCGCAGGUGCCGCACAACAACCAAAUCAAAUGCAUUACGUCAUCCCAGGUCACAUGUCUCCACCAGCGUCCCCUGAAAUGCACGACGAACGUAAACAAAUGCAGUGCAACCAAUUAGGCAUAAUGCACCCCCAUCACCCACACCAGCAGUCCAUCCUUCUGCCUCCUCAUAUUCUCCCUAAACUGGGGAACCCACAGAAUUCGAUGUUACAGUUACCUCAUCCAAUGAUUACACCUCCGGCGUCUCCUCAACUCGUGGACUUGUUGCUUCCUCAGCAGCAAUCCAUUGUUGAGGGCGGGGUUAAUGUUCCAAAGAAACGAGGCAGACGUUCUUGGGGUCGCAAACGUCAGACCAACCACACAUGUACUCAUACUGGAUGUAGUAAAACGUAUACGAAGAGCUCUCACCUCAAGGCUCAUCUGCGUACACACACGGGAGAGAAACCUUACCACUGCAAUUGGAAAGGUUGUGGUUGGAAGUUUGCUCGUUCUGAUGAACUGACCCGCCAUUAUCGAAAACACACAGGAGACAGACCUUUCCAAUGUCAUCUGUGCGAGCGGGCAUUUUCUAGAAGCGACCAUCUUUCGCUGCAUAUGAAGCGUCACAUAUGAGAGACAACACUUUUUUACUGUUUGAUCGGCAAAUGAAGAAAUAAUAGACGACCUAUCAAAGAACAUGAAUGCAAAAGAUGAACGGAAAAUAUAUAAAAUAAAUAUAUAUAUAACAUCAACGAAAAAGAAUCAGUCCAACCAGCAGCGUUGAGAAGCAGAAAUUCUAGUGACGGUGGGGUCGUAGCGAUGGUAGGGAAACGACGAAACAUGGACAUCUAAUCACCGAAUCAUUGGUUCAAAGAAAAAAUAACAUUUCUUUUUACAUUGAUCAAUUAAUAUAUAAACUUGAUUGUAAAGCUUGAAACAUAACGAUAUAGUGCUGUUAUUAUUGUUGUUGUUGCUAUUAUUGUUGUUGAUGUUAAUGAAGAAAAUAUUCCUUUUCUUCUUUAUACUUCUUUUUAAACUGAAUAGCUCCGAGAGCUGAGAGAAAUGUCUGAUAUUUUUGACUGAAAAUAUACAGAAACAUUACAAAGAAUAUAUUUACAAAGAAAGAACUAAAAUUGUAAAAAUUACACCAUUACAUUCACACACAUUCACAUACACACAUUCACAUACACACAUACACACAUAACGAAUAAUUUGCAUGAAUGGAUAAAAUAUAAGAAAAAAAAAACAUUUGUCUUUUUAUAUAUUUUAUAACUUUUUCUCCUUGAAAUUUUUUCACCAUUUGUGACUUUCUAAGAAUUAUCAUUUAGCGAUGUACUUUGGUAUGAUUACAUGUUUCACCAGAUCGGAAUAUUCUAUAGACUUCUGAACAUAAAUAUACACUCACACACACGCACAGAAAUAUACAAAUAUUUAUAUAUGUAUAUAUAUAGUAUAUUUACGUGUUUUUAUAUAUGUGUGUGUGUGUGUUUUUUUUGCUUCUUUCUCUAUUUUUCUUAUUUUUAUUUUGUGUGUUUUUUUGCGGCAGGCCGUAAAAAAAAGAGAAAAAAAGAAAAUGUCCGAAUAUUCUACUUUGUCUCCCUGCGUUUCCCCUCAUCCCCAACCCCAAAUAAUGGUUGGCACCAUUCUGUAGGUCGCACUCUAAAGAUGGACGUAUCAGUCAGCAACAACAAUUCAAUGCUUUUUCUCCCAUCCCCAACACCAAUAACAACAACAAAAAUGAACUGAAAUUCCGACAAAGCAUUGGAGUUUUUGUUGUUGUUGUUUGUUUUUGUCUGCUUGAUAUUUUUUUUCUGGUAAAAGUAAAAACAAAAGAAAAAGCUGUUAUCAUUA